AUGGCCGUCGACACAAUGGAGAUUGACUCAAACCCCGUCCCCGCGGGCGCUGCAGAGGCCGAAAAGGAGCGCAAGCGCAAAAACAAGCACAAGGACGAAGCGUCAUCUCCAUCAAAAAAGAAGCGCAGGCAAGAAAAGGCCGAAAAGGCCGACAAGAAAUCCAAGAAGGAUAAAUCCUCAAAGAAGAACAAAGACAAGAGUAAAUUCGACACCACAGCGGCAUCGACACUGGCACCGGCAGCGGCAUCAAUUCCCGACUCUCCAUACUCUCUCACCACCGCAACGCUCUAUCUGCCUCUCUCGCCCAUCUCAAUCUCCCCAACGCAUGCCCUCGCCUCCCUACUAGCAGAACACCUAUCUCCUCUGCUCCUUACAUACUACUCGCCGCUCGAGGGCAUCGUACUCGCCUACUCCAAUGCAUCGAUAUCAAGCGAACCACCUUCGUCGUCCUCAUCGUCGUCCUCGACAUCUCCAAACCCGCAACCAUUAACCCUAGCCGCCUCGGCCGGCGAAUAUGGCGUCAUGUACGUCUACCUCACAGCGACUUUCCUCGUCUUCCGGCCGCAGCGCGGCCAAACCCUUGAGGGCUGGGUCAACGUGCAAUCCGAGGGCUUCCUAGGCGCUGUCGUCCUCAAUCUCUUCUCCGUUGGCAUUGAGCGGAAACGCCUCCCUCAGACCUGGAAAUGGAUUCCGCCAGGUGAAGAGGACUACGAUGAGAACAGCGGGCUGGCAUCAAACAAUACCUCCGCACAGACAUCGGAGGACGAAGACGACGAAAAGACUUCGAAUUCCCCACCCUUCGACCCCGCAAAGGAACACUUUAACCCUGUCCCCACGGCCUCGGACUCGAAUCCGUUCGCAUACGACACUCUAGAUCAGGACCAGGAUGCUACCGGUGCUGAUACAGCCGAGCAAGGAGGGGACGGCAGCGAGGAAGACACAUACGAAGGCUACUUCCAGUCUAUCUCCGGCCACCGGGUCCGCGGGACAGUGAAGUUCCGUGUUGUCGAUAUCGACGUCAUCCCAGGGUCAGAGCGGGAUCGCGGGUUCUUGAGUAUAGAAGGGACGAUGCUUUCCGAGGAUGAGGAAGCAAAGGUCGUUGAGGAUGAGAGGAAUGGGGUCCUUCCGGCAUCGACUACGCCUGCGGUAAAGAAAAUGACAGUCCCCGUGUCGUCGGGGGGUAUUAUUGUCCCGCAGAUGGAGGAUGUGGUGUUGGAGACUCCAAGUAAAAAGUCGAAGAAGGCUAAGAAAUAA